AUGGCUCCAAUAACUACACCACAUAGGAAGGUUACAGGACAGUUGGAUGAUCUACCUCCUCUGCUCAUUGGUGGCGCAGUCUUCAACCAACAGUUCAACGAUAACCCGGAACAGCUGCCAGUGGAGCAAAUCCUCAGAAUUGCCUUUGACAACGGGCUUAACGCUAUAGAUACAUCACCGUACUAUGGGCCUUCUGAGAUAUUGCUCGGUGAUUGCCUCAAGAAAUUACACGAUGAGUAUCCCAGGGAUGAAUACUACAUUGUCACCAAGUGUGGAAGAAUUCAGCUUGAUGAAUUUGACUAUUCGCCUGCAUGGAUCAGGAAGUCUAUAGAGAGAUCCUUGGAGAGACUGGGCACCACGUAUCUGGACCUCGUCUACCUCCAUGACAUUGAAUUCGUCGAUGAGGCCGGGAUCCUCGAAGCGUUGAAAGAGCUAAAGAGGCUCAAACAAGAAGGGUUGAUCCAUCACUUUGGAAUCAGUGGAUACCCAGUGGAUUUUCUUUAUGAGAUUGCAUUGAAAUGCUCAACCAUUGAAGAGAUUGGUCCAUUGGACGCUGUUCUCAGUUAUUCCAAUUUCAACUUACAGAAUGAGAGAUUACGUCCCUACAUUGACAAGUUUCUAAACGAGUGUAAAGUACAAAAGGUGUUGUGCGCUUCGAUCCUGUCGAUGUCACUCUUGAGAUCUGCACCUACACAUGCUUUCCAUCCAGCUUCCCAAGAACUGAAGGACAAAUGCCAACAAGUGGCUGAGUUGACAUCUUCAAGAGGUGUUGAGCUAGCUGAUUUGGCAACGAGAUAUGCCAUUAGAGAAUUCCCCGGCCCAGUGGUUCUAGGUGUUUCUACUGUGGAGGAGCUACAAGAUGCAAUAGUUUCCUAUUGGAACGUUAUCAAUAGUUCUGUUAAUGACGACCAACUAGUCAAAGAGGUCAAAGGUGCCUUUGGAUCUCAUUUAAACGAAGUUUGGCCAAGUGGCAAGCACUAA